AUGCAUUCAACAACCGGUCAAAAUGCAUCAACAGUACCAUCAUCUUCGAUUUCUACGUCCUCAUCUUCCUCGAUAACAACAAACAAUAUUGAGCAAUAUCAUUAUCCACCUAUAUCUACACUUCGUCGACCGAGUCGACCAAGUAACAUUGAUUUAUCCGUAUUCGAUGUUAACAGUACUCAACAGGCAAAUGAUCCGGGAAUCUAUUCAGCACCGAUAUGCCAUCUGAAGCAAACAACUAAUACAAAUCAACAUCAUCGUCAUCAUCAUUCACACCAUGUCCAACAGUCAUCUUUACUUCUACCACCUCACCCUCAUACAGCAACAUUUCAUUAUCAGCCACCACAGCAACAACAACAGCAUGUUCAGCUAUCUUCGCCUCAUCAUCAACAACAGCAACAUCAUUUGCAUCAAUAUCCUCAACAAACUCAUCACCAUCAGCAGCAGCAGCAGCAACAGCAGCAACAACAACAACAACAGCAUUUACUCGAUCCGUUUUCUCAACAUCCGCAUACACCUCAUACAUUUCCAUUGCAGGCGUCAUCAAAUCAGUACCAUCACUAUUUUCAUUUUCCGCCAGCUGCGCAAAAUCUUGGCUCAGCAAAUAGUUCAACACCACCAGCAUACAAUCAAUUGACACUGCAGGCUAAUGUAACUACGAACGGUCAUCUCUCGCCAUUAAAUCAUCGAACAGCUGCAGUCUCAUCCUCAUCCACAGCCAACACUAGUCAACCUUCUACACCAACACAUAAUAAUCGUUUACUUGCUGUACAGAUGCAAGAACAACAACAACAAUGGUCUAAUCCAGUUCUCAGUCCAUUAAUGGUUAAACGAAUUAAUGAAGGAGGGAAUGUUGUUACAUCAAUGCCUAUCGAUGAUGAUGAAGAUCCAUCAGCUUCAAUUGAUGCUCUUGUUGCUGAUGUCGACUCGAAUGCUCACGACUUACUCGAUGAUCAACAAAACAAAUCCGUCGAUGAACAUAAGAAUACUUCAACGACACCUCUAACUGAAUCUCGACCGAGUACUGUCUCUCCGUCGCCACAUUUAUAUCUUCGAGGUACCUCACACAUCUUAACAACUCCACCGAAUCCACUUGCAUCGAAUGAUCAUCCAGAUAAUCAACUGACGGUGGCAAAUUCCUUUCGUAAAAACUUCAGUCCUAUUCACAGUGCAGGUUUCGAACUAACGAGUAAUUCAAGUGUGCAAAUACCAUCGUCUGCAACAGCAAGAACAUCGUUUUUCACUUUUGAUACUAACGGUCUUGAGCAAAGCGACUUAAAACGUCAUCUCAAUAAUGAAACUAAAGAAGAUAAUCAGGAAAAAAUAGUCAAUUCACUUAUGAUUAACAUAGAUGAACGAACAAAUACAAUGUCAACAAAUGGGUUAAGCCAAGAUGAUAAUAGUAAUCAUAGUUCGACUAAUAGUAACAGUCAAAAUACAUCCUCAAGAAGUCUCAGUCAGAUGUUCAAAGCUUCAGGAGAAAACAAAAGCCGAUUAUCUUCCUCAUCACCAUUAUCUGCAGAUAGAAAACCGUCACCGUUAAGUUCUACGAAUAACAAAUCUCAAAGCAACAUGUCUUCGAUGUCACCUCAACAACAAGGCAACCGUCAUGUUUGUUCUCAUCCAGAUUGUGCAAAAGUAUUUGCGAAUAAAAGUGCAUUGGCCAAACAUAAACUGACACAUUGCCAAGACCGAAGACACAAAUGCGUCAAAUGUAAUAAAGGUUUCAAAAGACUUGAUCAUCUACAUGGUCAUAUGUUGACCCAUGAAGAAGAAAAGCCGCACAAAUGUCGUGUACCAGAUUGUAAUCGAACGUAUUGUGAUGCACGAUCAUUGAAACGGCACAUUGAAAAUGCACAUCAAAAUAUACUUGCUGCUAUUCAUGAAGGUGGACAUGAUGAAUACCGAAGAUUUCUCCCGGAAACUGCCUUUGUCAAAACCAAAGAUUUGAGUAGUGAUUUUUCCAUCGAUUCAGUUGAUAGCAAUUCACCUCGAUCAUCAUCAAUCGACAAUGAUCAAGGGUAUCAUGUAAAUCAACUUCGAUCAUCGAAUGGACAUAAAUUAGUUCCAACUUAUACAUUUGAUGAAGAGAAAUGUGUUGAAUGUCACAUAUGUAAAAAGAGUUUUAAAAAUGGCGCAGCACUCAAUGGUCAUAUGCGUUUGCAUGGUGGAUUCAAUGAUAAACAACCAUCACCAUCCUCAACUGAUAAUGUGCAAAAGAAGAAGCGUAUCACACCUCCGGGACCGAACGAUCGUCGACAAAUAAAACGUAAACGGCCCAACUCGCCUGUCUCAUCUAACGAUUCGCCUCAGCGACCUAUUCUUCAACGUUCAAUGCCAAUUAAAAGCGAAGAAGAUGAUUAUAUGCUUAUGUCGCCAUCAUCAAAUCCAGCUCAUCAAAGCAAUCUUCAUUCUUACCAACAAUCCAUGUAUCCAACCUUGCCACCGUGUUCCGACGUCUUACAACAACGUUUCUAUGAUCGAACAUUGUCAUCCCGAACGCGUUCAAUUUCGUCAUCUGUCAUUCAAACUCAAACGAAUUCAUUGUCGCAUCCGACCAUUAAAAAUCCUAUGAGUGUCCAACCUGUGCCGAACAUUUCGAAGCAAAAUCGGAAACAAAUUCCACUACCAUCACAAGUUUACGAUAGAAACAAUAAUCAUCCGUAUGGCUUUGAUUUGCGUAUGAACGAUGAUGCGCUCCAUAGCCGAAUCAAUAUGAACAAUCAUAAUAGUAAUCAUUCGUUGAAUAUUCCAGCUGGAAUCCUACGCUUUGAUCAACUAACAAAUGCACAAAUGUUCUCAAAUGUUGGAACAAUGCCGAACUAUGAGGACAAAAUUAAAAAAACUCUCUCGGUUGACGAAACAUUAAAAUAUUAUCAUCAAGACAGACAGAUUAAUGAAUAUUCAUCGGCUAAACAUCCUCAAUCUUAUCUAUAUGGUCGAUCAAUGUCCACUCAGCAUCAUCCAACAACAUUUUCCCAAUUUCCAGUCUCGCCGCAUGCCCCUACUACAUUAGCUCCAAAUAUUUUUCAUCAAAUCUUGCGUCAUACAAACGAUAUGUUGAACAAAGAAUUUUACAUAUCGCGAAACGAUCAUCUCAGCCAACAUCAUGCAAACAUAGAUGAUUCUAUGCGCUAUACACCAUCAACAAGUCCGUAUGCAACACAUCUAUAUCAUUCUCCAUCACCGCACAUUGUUCAUUCGCCGGCUGAUAGAAUACCUAAUCCAACAGCAUCAGUUAUAAAUACACCGGUGACAUCACCCUAUUCAAACCUAAAUACUAGUCAUUGUUCUCCAGCAUCAUCUACAGAUAUGUGCAAUAAUAAUCCAGCAUCAAAUAGUAUGCAACCGUCACCACUAACAAAUUCGGUUUUAUCUCAUGCAGCAUUGAAAAAACGUAUAUUGAAUGCGCUUAAACAGGAAGCUCAAGAUGAACAACAGCAUAAUCAAGUGGGACAAGAUUUUUCACCUACACCUGAGCAAAAUACUGAUCAAGACAAUAAAUCACAAACAAACGCCGAGACUUCUUCGGAUAAUUCAUCAUUAAAGGUUAUUCCUGUUAUCGAUAGUCCAAUACCUGAUACAGCUGCAAUAGCAACAGCAACAACGAUAAAAUCAGCAUCUGGUUUUCUUAUUGGUACACCAUCUUCGUCGUCAACAACAACAACAACAGUUAGUUCAUCAUCGGCGUCAUCCGACACGACACAUUUUAAUUAUGAAAAUCUUCCACCUACCAUUCCAGCACAAGUAUCUGAGCAAUCAACCGCAAAUUCAAACAAUAGCUCAUUUCAAUGGCCAUCGCAAGUUUCUCAAUUUCGCCGGCAACAAAGUUUAAAUAUUGCCAGUCAAACAUCAAACCCACUUCCAACAACUCCGUACACACCCCCGCCCAUGCUCAGUCCGUUUCGAAAAGGUCCAGGCCUUUAUUAUCAAGUUUUUUCCCAGACAACGCCAGCUGCAACACAACAAACAAUAACUGUACCAACACCUAGUUUACCCUUUACGCCCGUACCCGAUGAAAUAUCAGGACCAAAGAUCAACAUUGGCGAAAAAUAUCAAGCUGUUAUUCCUAAACUUCGAACGAAUCUCGACGAUAAUUCAGUCGAACAUGAUGAAUUAUUAUUUUCUCCAUCGGGACUUGACUCUCUCGACGAGACUGCACUCGACAAAUAUGAACAAUUAAGUCGAACAAAUCCUCUAUUAUUUUCUCCGCGUCAUUCACCAACAUUAUAUCCAAUUGAAUUAGUCUACAUGCUGUUACAUGAAUAUAAAGGUGAUCUUCAACGUACGCUAUCUGCCUUACUCGAUGGUACAGCCUCAGAUAUCAAACAGUGUCGACCAUUACAUCGCUAUCAUUUUCCUGAAUGUGACACAUGGACACAAGAAGAAAUCAAUGCGUUUACAAAAGCAAUGGACAGUUCCGAGAAGAAUUUCUUAGCUAUUAGUCGAGCUGUUGGAACAAAAACGGUGAAACAAUGUAUUGAAUUUCAUUAUAUGCCUAAAGUACAUUUUACGAAUCGAGAAACCAGUACGAACUCUCUCGCUACAAAACGAAAACGAUUACAGAUGAUUAAAGCGAAACAACUGCAUUCGCAGAAGCAAAUAUACGAUGAUGAUAUAUCUUCAUCCCCAUCAUGUAAUGAAUUCCGUAUGGACGAUGACAACGCAACAAUCAUAAGUGAUAAUUCAACAAUAACCGUAUUCUCCUGUGAUAUCGACGAUUGUUUACAAACAUUUACGAGUGAACGAGCGUAUCGUGCUCAUCGAAAUGAUCAUCGUCGUAUAAGAAACACAGGUACACCACCGGCGAACAUAAAAAGCAAAUCAAAAUCUUGA